AUGACCUUUGUUACCAAGAAGAUGACUGUUUCCUAUGUUGUUAAUGAAGAAAUGGAUGCUUACGUGAGACACAUGCUACUUAGAGAUCGAACCAAAGGGUGGCGUGUUUUCGUCUUUAAUAGUCUCGGCUGUGGAGAUAGCCCUGUUACUACUCCUCAGUUCUAUUUGGCUUCGUUUUUGGGAGAUAUGCGAGAGGUUGUUUCCCAUGUCACCGGUAGAUACCCCAAUGCUAAUGUAUAUUCCGUAGGAUGGUCAGUUGCGGCCAACAUUCUUGUGCGUUACUUGGGUCAGGAAUCGCACAAUUGUCCACUUUCUGGUGCCGUGUCAUUGUGUAAUCCUUUCAAUUUGGUUAUGGCAGAUGAGGACUUCCGCAAGGGCUUCAACAUUAUUUAUGACAAGGCCCUUUCAAAGGCUCUUCGCAAGAUUUUCAACAAGCAUGUUUUACUCUUCGAAGAUAUUGGUGCUGAAUAUAACAUUCCACUGGCAGCCAAUGCCAAGUCUGUUAGGGAGUUUGAUGAUGCACUGACCCGUGUUUCUUUUGGAUUCAAGUCUAUGGAUGAAUACUACUCUAAUUCCAGCAGUUCAGACUCCAUAAAACAUGUUAAAACCCCUUUGCUUUGCAUCCAGGCAGCCAAUGAUCCGAUUGCUCCUAAUAGGGGAAUCCCUGGUGAAGAUAUCGAGGGAGAUGAAAAAUACUAA